GUGUCAGCUGUUUGGGUAAAGACAGUAAAAAAGAAACAUUUGGUUUAAUAAUAGGCAUACGGUCGUCAAGGAACUAAAACAAACUUUUAAUUAAAGAUAAUACUGCAUCAGCAUUCACUCCGUAGCAUGCCCAUGUGAUCUCUCAUGUGGGCUUGACAAAAUGGCGUAUAAUCACUUAGGCGGAAGUGGCUUGUUAAAGCCUAAUGAGUGUCUGCUAGUGGGCGUACCGGGUCUAGACUGUGACAAUGAUGACGACCCAUUGCUCGAUUUAAGCGACCAUAGCCUAACUCAGGGUAGCACUGGAAAUAAUCGCAUUCCCAUCCAAAGUGCUGUUAAUGUCUUUGACCAGACGACCUGCGGUGUACGAAACUCUCCAGCCAGCAGCCAAACAACUCAGCAGUCGUCAGGUGGCGAUGGCAUAGGCGGCCCCUUCAGACAGCGUAGCAGCAGGUACGAAGAUCAGUGUCUGCUGAACGAAAUCGAAGGGGAUUUACUAGGUAGUGGUGACCCGACGUUUCUCUCAACAGAUUUGCAAGCUGUCAAUUCAGCCAGGAUGCCGAUCGAAGCGUCUCAAAAUCGAACUCCUCACUUUUCAGAAGACAUCGUAUGUUCCUCUGCUUCAAAGGACUCGUUGAUUGAUGCUUUUGGAAAUGUUUCAGAUCCAGUUUCAAACGGGGACCUGUUACACGAUCAUCAAAAUUUUACCUCCUGUGUCAGCAGUGAGGUUCCAGCUGUUACGGUUCACACCAGUGGGCCAGGAUUUGAAAACGAUGGACACGUUAUCGAUUACACAGACAAAACAGAAGACAAUGGUAGAGGUCGAAGCAGACGAGACCCUGUUUAUAACUCGUUGCUCGCACGCAUGGGUGAGUCGCGGGAUGUGGUGCUGAGUUCUUUUCCGCCACCCGCACGGUCGAGGGGUGGGGGUGACGGAGCGGUGAUUCCGAGGAACGAACAUGAAGUUGAAGGGCUUCACUGUCAUUACGGAAUCAGUCGUCGUAUCAUGAGUGACAAACUUGCAAGAAGACAGCUUUUGGCUGUCUUGAUAUUGUGUAUCCUGUUUAUGGUAGGAGAAACUGUGGGUGGAGUGCUGGCAAAUAGUUUAGCACUCUUCACUGAUGUCUUACACCUUGCAAGUGAUCUAAUCAGCUACCUUAUAAGUUUACUGGCACUGUUUUUGGCCAAAAAGACAGCUACGAAACGCAUGACCUUUGGGUAUUAUCGUGCUGAGGUUCUGGGAGCACUGUUUAGUGUCCUUGUUAUCUGGUUAGUUUCUGGUGUCCUGUGUUACAUUGCUGUGGAGCGAAUCAUUCAUGAACAUUACAAAGAUGUCAAGGCCGAUGAAAUGCUUAUUACGGCCUCACUGGGUGUUGUGUUUAACUUAAUAAUGGGAUUCGUUCUUCAUUCCGAGAAAUGCUGUGGUUCAGCAAAAGGGCAUGCAAGGUUUGGGCAUGGACAUUCUCAUUCACAUGGUCAUUCGCACUCUGCAAACCACAAACCAGCCCACAGACCAAGCCCUUUACGUCUGCCCCUCUUCUCCGCCAGAGGCAACAUUCAGGAAAGAAGGGAGGAGUAUGAGCCACUGGAUGUUGCUUCACCAACUGCAGAGAGAGAUGAAGAAGAAGGAAACAUUGAUGAGGCAAGUGAAGAUGAGCUGCACAAGGAGCCCACUCACCAGCACAAAAAUAUCAACAUAAGAGCAGCAUUUAUUCACGUGGUGGGAGACAUCAUACAAAGUUUGGGUGUACUUGUGGCAGCACUCAUAAUCAAGUUCAAGCCGGAAGACAAAUACCGCUUGGCUGACCCAAUCUGCACGUUUUUCUUCUCACUGCUAGUGCUUCUCACCACCAUCAGUGUGCUGAAGGACACGCUGAGAAUUAUAAUGGAAGGUGCACCUCAGGGUGUGGACUUUGAACAGGUGCAGUCACUUCUGACAUCCCUGGACUCUGUCGUUGCUGUUCACAACUUAAAUGUCUGGUCUCUCACAAUGGAUCGCAAUGCCUUGUCUGUACAUUUGGCCAUAGAUGGUUCCAGGCAUAACAAUGAUGUACUGACAGAUGCCACCAAAAUGUUAAAGACACACAACUUUUUUCAUGUGACUAUACAGGUGGAACCUUAUAAUCAUGAUGUGAUGUCAUCAUGCAUUGAUUGCCAGUUGCCAGUGAAGUAAACUUAAUGCUGCCUCUGGAUGAUAUUAAGAUGGGGAGAUGUUAUCAGUUCUUGCUGCUCUGUCGCACAGAGCUAUUGCUAUGCCAUUUGUUUCUGUUAAUUUAAGGAAGAAUGUGAACGGUUGAUCCUUCUCCCUACCCUCCCUUGGUUGGUACUCACGUCUGUGCCUCAGCUUUCUCUUUCUGUAAAUAAUUAUUCUUGUUUUUGGUCUUAUUUGGAGGCCAUAUCAAGCAGUCUUUAAAUUAAUGUGUGGAAGAGGUUUGUGUUGAUAAGACUGUGUCAUGACAAGGUCAGAUGAAGAUUUGUGUGAUAUGAUUUUCUGUUGAUGAAACUCUUGCUAACAAAUAAAAAUGUCUUUUUGUGAAAUCAUGUAAAUUUUUUUUUUGGAAGUAAAUAGCUGAUCCACAAAUAGAUUUUUUUUUCUACCGAAGACAAAGCAGUGGAAAUACAUUAUUUUCUUAUAUGUGUCAUUGCCAUGUGUGUUAUUACAUUACAUAUUAUGCUACACUAGCAGCUUAGCCAUUUCCGAGGUUCCUCUUGAAUGGUUCCUCAUAUUAUCAUACAUCAUCAUAAAAAAUAUAAUAAUUUAUUAACUAAUUAAUGAACUGUGUUGCAAUAAAGAUUGGAGCAUAGAAACGGACAAAAAAGAGCAAGGUAUAGGAACAAUAGUGCAAAUAAUUAAAAUGGAAUGAAAACUGAAACAGUAAAGCAAGCAGGACUGAGAGAAGUAAUUGGGUCUGCCUAACAAUUGAGGUUUUUAGAGAUAAAAUAAUGAGACCUUGCAGCAUUGAGACUUAUAUGAAGGGACUGGAAUGUGGGUAUUUCACUUUAUAAAUUGACAGAUUCCUGUCAACAUUGUAGUGAGUGUUAAGUCAGUUUAUUUUUCGCAAACCACGUCUGUGGCUGAAAUAAAAUUAUUGCUUCUGACAAUUUAUAAAAUUAUUAGAGAUUUGCUAUAUGUUUGGAAGCAAUUGUGACUUCUUCUGGAUCUAUAGUUCUUUGUACAAUUGUUAAUUCUAUUUGCCUUAAAAUGUUGUUACCUGGAACAUAAACUGCUGAACAGAAACACUGAACUCCUGUUUCAUUUCAGUUUUUGUCAGAUUUCAGUAGCAUACUUUAUUUUGGGUCAAAUUCUCAUCCUCUUUUUGAAUAACACUCAAAUAUUAUCAUUAUAUCAUAUGUUUUAUUUGGUAUUAUUGGUGCAUUUUUGCCCAAUAGUGAGAGUAAUAUUUUUAGCUGUUUGACAGAAUUAUUGAUAGUUUUCAUAUCUUUAUGAAAUACAAAGCACAAUGUAAAGUUAGAAUGCAGUGCAAUAAUAAUAAUGAUACCAGUAGCUGUAAAAUUAAGUAAACUAUCUUGCACAAAAAGGAUUUUGUGGGUUAAUGCAAACUACCUGACUUACUUUAACCUCAACAUCCACUAGCAAUGUAAACAAAUAUGUUACUGAUGAUGAUUUUUACCAAAGCUUUAAAGUAAAACACACUGUUGUAUGUGUUUGUUCUUUGGAGAUGUGUCAGACAUAUGCAGUCACAACAAAGAAGUAGUCAAACCUGUGAUGUGGAGGACACCCUUUAUUGAGCUCAUGAUUGUUCCUGUGAGUGAUAUCCCCUAUCACAAGUUUGCACUAUUCUCACUACAAAGAUUCUUGUUCAAUAUUUGUUAUUGCUAUGUUGCUUCUAUAUUUUGCUUGAAGGUUAAAAGAAGCUUUAGACUAUUUUUAUUUUUUAAUUGGAAGAAAAUCUGUUAAAUGUUAACUUUUAGGCAUAGUUCUUCCUACCAGGCAUCUGUGAAGCAUGGAAACAGACAUUUCACAGGGGCUCAUUUGGGACAAUGCAUGAAGUCAGAAACUAUUCAGAAAAUCUUAAGACCAAACCCAAAGAUGUCUGUCUGUCUCGCUCUCACACACAUAUAUAUAUAUAGGAUCUUGAUUGGGAAGGGGAAAAGAAGAAUUGUAUCAGCAUUUGUCUUCUAACUGGCAGAUUUUUAUUGAACAGAACUAAUUCUAUGCUGAUAAAAUUGUUAUCAAUGAUUUUAUCAGUACAACAUGAUAGCGAUCCAAAAUCAAGACUGGCUAAAGAAAGAUGGGGCUAGGGGUUGUGGGAGAAAAUGUCAGCUAUAUGAGCCCUGUCCACCCAAGGUUUUUUUAUGUUACCUUAGGAAUGACAUUUUUGUGUUGAUUUACAGUUUGGAUUUUUCUGCUAUUGGACUAGACAAACACUAGGGGCUGUACUUAUGAAGUGAGAGUAAGUCAUUGCUCCAAGGCAAAAUCAGGAACUCAAGGAACUUACAUUUCUAAACAAUGCCUUAAAUUCUAUGAAUUUUUUGUAACAAGUGUGGUCCAGUAAUGAAGAGACAUCAUUUAUGUGGUCUUUCCUGCAGUGGACUGCUUCAUUUAUCUGCUACAAUGUCAGCUAUGCCAUUUUUAAAGGAGAGACAUUCCAGAAAUAAAACCCUAGCUCAAGCCAAGCAAGGGGCUUUUAUUUCAGGUCUGAUACAUUCCUUAGAUUUUUGCAAUAAUGUUUGUGAUUUUGGAAAGAUUGUCAUGUUUGGUGAUCAGUUCAGUAAGCUGGAUCAGCCUGCAAAUUAUUUACUACAGAAUUUCUUUUGUAGACUAGUAAUUUUUUUCAAUUGUCCUGGCAUGUGAACUGUGAUUGACUUUAAUUAAAACUACCCUUUUCUGUUUACAGCGGCUAGUGAAGGUGAUGUACUGAUUUAUAUUAUCCAUGUUGCUAAGCAUAAAACUCAGAGAUGGGUUAGCGUGUAGGCUCAUUCUAUUGAAAGCAACACAGAUACAACCCCACAUCGUGAUAAUGUGGUCUGAGUAAACUGGAAGUACAGCUGGGCUACAUGGAUAUUUUUUAAUUGCAUUCUGCAAAUAAUAUAACAUGAUUUUAAUAUGGCACCUUGGAGUCUAUAUGUAAAUGGAAGAUCAACAGGAAAUAUGGCUUAGGUGGCUUUUGCCAAACUAUGUUAGAUAAGCAUUCAAAUAUUAACUUUUGUCUUAUGGAAGGCCAUGUUGACUUUAGUCUCACAGGAAAUAAAGAGAACUUAGAGAAAAGAUGAGUAGAUGAACUCUGCAAUGCAAUUAUCUGUGGUUUUAAUCAAAUUAUGUAUGAAUAAUUGUGUUAUUUUUAUGUGGUAGGAGAGUACAUAAUUCCCAAUUAAUAGUGAGUCCCAAGAUUAACGUUAACAAUAGAGCGAAUUGGCUCUCUUGUAUAUUGAACAUGCCUUGCAUCUCUUUACUAGGGUUUAUUUCCAGCCUUGAUGGUAGGAUACCACACUUUCUAUCUUUGGAUAUCUUAUUUUUCUUACAUGCUAUUAUAGAAUGUUUUGUCCUCAAUUAUUUCCCUUAGAAUCUUAUCUUACAGAGCAGGGAUGGUGAAUAUUUGUUUCUGUCAAGAGCCAUUUGGAUAUUUAUAACAUUAUUCACAAGCCAUAAAAAAAUUAUCAACCUAAGAAUUUGUCCACUAUAGAUGGUCAAAGACUUAAAUAACUCACCCUAUCAUGAUGGCCAAAACCGUUUCUAGAACCUAAAUGGCUUAUUUCAUUAUUUCAAAAUGUAUGUUAUUGUGAUUCAUGUAACAUAAAUUUAUGUUCCUAAAUUUAUUGAAUUUCAAGUCCUGCCUGGAGUUGCCUUGGCAUGAAGGUCAGAUAUUCUCCAUCCAUGUUCUACAGGAAAUGGAUAGAUGAGUGGCAUUUGUAGCCAUAAGCACAUUCUAGUUGGUUUGAUCCCUGAGUGGCACAAUGUAUUUCCUCCAGUUGAUCCAGCGGCUUAUUGAGUAUCUGACCCCUUAGAGGCUAGAACAGACAGUCUGGAAGAGGAGAUUGGCACCAGCCUCACACUUGCCCACUAUCUUUGUUUCUUUUACCUUAUUUUCUGCUUGUAAGCAUCUAAAAAUAUUCUCCUUACUUUUAGUCUGGAUACAGUGAUGGGGAAUUUGCCUAAAUGUGCCUGUAUCUUACACUUUCAUGUUCUUCCACAUUGUGGUGUUGUAUUGAAAAAUGUCAGGUUGCCACACAUAGAACCAGACAGGCAGAAAGGAUGCUUCUGUCAGCUACCUCCAUGGAUGGAAUUUUACGAAAUCUUUCGUCUUUAAAUGUCUGUACAUGUACACAAGAAUCAUCUGCGGAUUACAGAGUAUCAUUAUCUUACAUGGAAGGAAAAAUGACAGCAAAUAUACUUACUGUUUAAAACAUUUGUGUUGUCUGUGACAAUGACAUUCUUGAAGAUGUUUAUGACUAAAAUGGGUUCAUUAAGCUAUAUAUCUCAAGUAAUUAUUGGUUAUCUUUCUCUCACUCAUUAUUUUUUGCAGUCAUAACAAUGAACUUUACUUCAGUGGUUGAUGGGAUGGAAACCAUGUUGAAAGGCUAGUGACCUUUCACUGGGUGGUGGUGGUCAUGAAUGACAGAGCUGCUGUUAUCCUGUUGUUUAUGACAUUGUUUGGAAGGUACCUUUAGUGGCAAACAUAGCAUUCAAGUGGCCACUUUCAUUUGUUAAAUGGACUUUUCUAGCCAGAUACUCAUAACUGGAUUUUGACUUUGAAGUAGAAACCCGGAUUUUUCUUUAAAUAAUAACUUUUACUCUGUAAUUAAGUUAGUCAAAAAGUUUUUGCAAUGAGACAUCAAUAUUUGAAAAUUUUUUCCCAAAAACUUUAGCACAUUCUUAUAAUAGAGGAUGUGUGACAAAAAACAAUAUGAUCAUGGACGUGUAUUGAUUAGUUUGUUUUAUUAUUUGUUAAAUUAGUUCAUGGUAUGGUUGCUUGACUAGUACUGCAAGAUUCACUAAUGAAUGGUAUGAAGUAGCUGAACAAUAUAAUUAUUUUCAGCUUAAGGGAACAAAGAUAUUGAUAAACAUUCAUGAAAUAAUCUUCCAAAAAAGCUCAAAAAUUAAACAAUUGGUAAUUUUGACACUUGAUCACAUUUUAUACCUAGUUAAUAUUUGACCUCUGUGUGUGGAGUUCAGAUAUCUUCAGCACAUGUUUAAAAUCGCUUAGCAGUGCUCAUAGUUAAACAAUUGCUAAGCAUGUGACAUUAUUAGAAAUGCCCAGAUGUUCCCACAAUUUUCACUGUUGCAAAUAUGACAGUUUAUUAUAUUUUCACAGAUUUAAGAUGUUCCUUGGUUGUAUUUAUAAGCAGAGUGUGAACCUGGUGAUGUGAAUUAUGCUUUUUGCAUAAAAUAUUUAAAAAGAUCUUUUGCAGAGUAUCAUGAAGAUGUGAUUGAAGAUGAUAUAGACUUUAUCACAGAGUUAUUGAUUUAUGGUUAAAUUGCUUUCACAGGUCUUUGGUCUAUAAAUAUGAAUCUCUAAUGAAUUUUUUGUGGCUUUUACAAGAAUCUUUCCUGAUGCAAUGAUUUUGUAAUAUCUUUUUUGUGGCUUUUACCUUUCAUGACGCCUACUUAAUAGCUUUAACAUUGUGCUGCCAUUAUAACUACCUUUCUUGGAAUUAGUAACAUUCCUUUCUGUUGAUGUUGUGCUCAGAUUGGCUAAAGUAACAAAUCCUGUUUGUCCAUCUUGAUAGACUUGGCUUCUGUUAAAGGCUAACCUAAGCCCAACGUGAAUAAAGUUCAUAGUUACCGGCAGUCUAGAAGAACAUAUGGGCAGUCUUUAUUAGUUUGUUUCAAAAAUAUCACAUGGGAAAUGUGGUAAAUUUGGGAAUUAGUAUCAUAAUAAAGUAAGCUCACUUGAAAAGAAUUUUGCACUCAGGCUAGCCUUUACUUAACUAGAUGUGGUCAGUUUUAAUUUUUAGUGCAUGGUAAAAUAAUAUUUGUCUUCAGAUAGAUAAUGAGUGAGUUCCUUGAAUGCUGAACACUUCAAGACCUUUUUUUCCAUUAAGCUCUGAAAUUCAAAGUAAUGUAGGGUUACUUAAAGAGCACACAAGGAGACAUUCUGAAUAAAGUAUUUGUGAUCUUAGAAUUAACUCAGCAGCCAGAGGCUUACAGAUUUUUUUUUUAUUAUUGCUAAUUACAUUGUUCAUUUCUAUGUAUCUAGAUAAGAGAAAAAGAGAGAUAAUCUAACAAGUUGUUGGGGUUUGGGUAUGCACAGUUAUUUGAAGCAGAGAUUAUGAAGGCAGCUGUUGGUGGGAGUCACUGCCACCUGAGUACUAUUCAUGUGUCUGAAAGACAAAAACAACCAAAGAAACUGGCAAAUUAUGAAAAACAUUUAAUUACAACUCUGUUGCUUGUGUUCGAUCUUUUUGGGUAUGCCAUGAAAUGAGGGGUUCAGCCUGUAGAGAUAGGGAAAACAAAUUUUCUUCUUGAGAAAUAGGCGAUAUAGACAUGAUAUGAUUUAUAUUUUUUAGGCAUUAACUAUUUUCUUUGCAGGGAACAGGGAAGCGUUAUGUAAACUUCCCAUUCCCAGAAGAUAUCUCUCCAAAAUUGUAAUGUUUUACAUAAUUGUCAAAAUUUCUAACAGACAAAAAUUAAAAAUAUUUUGAAAGAUCAGUAAAUUCAGCUGACAUGUGAUGUUUAAUGUGUCUGUUUACAUUUGUCAUACCAUUUUGCUUGAAUGGUUAUUGCCAACUGCCAUGUGCCAUGCAGUUUCAUGAUUAAAAAAGCAAAGCUCAAA